AUGAUCAAGGAAUUCAGGGAGGAUAUGGUGAAAGAAUUUGAGAUGACAGAUCUUGGAUUAAUGUCAUACUUUCUUGGCAUUGAAGUACAACAAACAGAAAGAGGAAUCUUUAUUAAUCAACAGAGAUAUGCAGAUGGAAUACUUAAGCGUUUCAAGAUGGAUAAUUGCAAUCCAAUUUUAACACCAACUGAAGAGAGGAUGAAGUUAACAAAAGAUGAAUCAGGAGAACUUGUGAACUCAACAGAUUUUAAGAGUCUUGUUGGAUGUUUGAGAUACUUAACUUCUACAAGACCAGACAUUAUGUAUGCAGUCGGAUUGGUUAGUAGGUUUAUGAAAUUACCAAGACAGUCACAUUUACAAGCUGCAAAGAGGAUUUUAAAGUAUGUCAAAGGAACAAUUAGUUUGGGAAUUCUUUACACAGUUUCAGAAGAUCCUAAAUUUGUUGGUUAUACAGAUAGUGAUUGGGAUGGAGACACAAAAGGAAGGAAGAGUACAUCAUGCUAUGUGUUCCAUUUAGAAAUAUGA